UAAAAUUCAAAACAUAUCGUUCCUCAAAUCUUUCCCAUUAGCUUUUAAACAAAACGUAAAGUCAUGGUAGAUUUUCCACACAUGGGGCCGGGGCCAGUCAUCGGUGAAGUGAUAGGGAUUCAGGUUAAUGAUCCGCGCGUUAAAGAGAUAGCAGAGUUUGCACUGAAACAACAUGCUGAACAGAACUUGAUCUUGGCUGGUGUAGACGCGGGUCAGAUCGUUAUGGGGAUCCCCAAAUGGAACAACUAUUACAACCUCAUUAUCUCUGCCAAACAUAGUUCUCACGAAUUUUCGAAGUUUUAUAACGUUGUCGUGUUAGAAACGGCUUCAGAUAAUUCACUGAAGCUCGUAUCUUUCGUUCCUCUUUUCUAAGCUUCAUCACUUAUAAUGGCUGCUCUAUCUUAUGUCCUAUAAAAAAAAAUACUAAUAUGAGAAUAAAAGCCGCUAAAGUGAGCAUUUAGCUCGGUGAUAAUUAGUA